AUGGUGGAGGCCGACCUCGCUGAGAUCCCGGAUGUCGACAUCGAUCCCGACGGUGUCUUCAAGUAUGUGUUGAUCGGAGUACAUUCUGCUCAGGACUCCAACCCCGAUGGCCAGGACUGCCCAAGCAAAGAGAUCGUGUGCGACUACAAGUGGGCCGAGUACCAUGCUAAUAUCUAUGAUAAAGUGUCAGAGGAAAUCCAGAAGAAGGGCUUUGACUGUGAGUGUCUGGGUGGCGGCCAAAUCUCCCACCAGAGCCAAGACAAGAAGAUUCAUGUGUAUGGUUACUCCAUGGGUUUUGGACAUGCUCAACAUUCUCUCUCGACGGAAAAAAUCAAAGCGCACUACCCCAACUAUGGGGUCACUUGGGCUGAUGAUGGUUACUUAUGGGGCCUAGGUUGCUGCCUUCCUAAGCUGUCAGACCUAUCCUUGAAUUCUUGGCCCCCACCUCUUUGUUGUGUUGUGUUGUGUUAA